AUGGAUAUCGGGGCCUCGCCCGGCGGCAGCGGCGACGAGAAGCCUCGCGCCAUGCCCGCCGACCUUCCAAGAUCCCUCGACGACCGGACGCACGCGCCCGUCGAGGAAUACGUGCGCGAGACGGAGAUGUACGACGGCUGGCAAGGCCAGUCUCAGUUCCUCACGACGCCCGCCCUCGCCAAGUCGCUCAACUUUGGCAGCCUGUCGUUGAACGACGGCGAGUACGAGCAGGGCCCGGCCAAGGGCGCCACCAUGGACUCGGACGCUAGGCUGAUGGAGAUGCUGCGGACCCAGGCCGCCGCCCACCAGGCCGGCCAAGCGUUGGAGGACGUGCAGGCCGUCGUUGACGACGAGAAGAUGACGGAUGCGGAGAAGACGGAGCUCCUGCAGAGAGCGCUGACCAUGGCGGCGAGCAACGGCGACGUGGCCAAGGUCGGCGCUCUCCUGCGCGGCGGCGCCAAGGCCUUUGUCGACGUCGACGCCCCCGACGAGGAUGGCACGCCGCCGCUCAUCUACGCCAGCUGCUUUGGCCACGAGAGCGUCGUCCAGGCGCUCAUCGAAGCGGGCGUCGACGUCAACAAGCAGGAUCGGAACGAGUGGAGCGCCCUCAUGUGGGCCAUGACGAAUCGCCACAAGUCCAUCGCGAAGCUGCUGCUCGACAACAAGGCCUCGUCGGACCAGAAGACGUCGUCGGGCCGGACCGCCUUCGACUUUGUGCCGCCCGACAGCGAGAUGUCGUACUACCUGCACAACAACGGAUACAGCAUCGGCAACGCCGGCGUCACCGACGACUUCUACAGCCCCGGCUUCUCGCAGGACCGCUUCGAGGAGGAGAUGGCCGAGAACGAGAUGCGCCGGCGGCUCAUGAUGGAGAGCGCGAGGGACCUCGAGGUCGACCUCGGCAACGUCGGCAUGGACGACCAGCCGGAGCCCGUCGACGAGUUCGAGGAGGAGCAGCAGGAGUUUGACUUCAGCCGCUGCCUGCACGACCAGAUGUUCGUCUUCCAGGACGACGAGCUCGACCGGAUACUCGACAUCAUCAUCACCAAGAUGACGCCCCAACGAUCGCCGUCGCAGAAGCCGGUGCCGGCCAACAUGAUCUUCCUGAGCGCGCGCUACGCCCACUACCACUCGAGCGCCGAGCUGUCGGAGCGGCUGCUCGUGACGGCCAUGAAGCUCAUCAACGACGUCGUGGAGCGGCACCAGUGGGACAUGACCAUCCUCGCCUUCUGGAUCUCCAACGCGACGCUGCUGCUGCACUACCUCCGCAAGGACGCCGGCCUCGUCGAGGCGACGGCCGACUUCCAGUCGCAGCUGACGGACCUCAUCAACGAAAUCUUCAUCCUCAUCGUCCGCGACGCCGAGCGGCGGCUGGACAAGGUGCUCGACGUCGGCAUGCUCGACCACGAAACCAUCCCCGGCUUCGAGGACAUCACCUUCCAGAACGAGUGGAAGCUGUUCAAGCGAAAGACGACGGUCAAGGAGGAGCCGCUCGAGAAGCGCUUCCGGCCGCCGUCGCCGAAGCAGCGGGCCAAGCCGUCGCCGCGCAACGUCACGUCGCUGCUCUCGUCGACGCUCUUCGUCCUCGACCUCUACGACGUGCACUCGGUCAUCACGGCCCAGAUCGUCUCCCAGCUCGUCUACUGGAUCGGCGCCGAGCUGUUCAACCGCAUCAUGUCGAACCGCAAGUACCUCGCCCGCACCAAGGCCAUGCAGAUCCGCAUGAACAUCUCCAUCCUCGAGGACUGGGCGCGGACCAACAACCGGCAGGCCGAGCACUACGAGGGCGGCGAGACGAGGAGCUCGGGCGACACGACGACGCUCGCCGCCGGCCGGCACCUCGCCCCCGCCAUCCAGCUGCUGCAGUGGCUGCAGUGCUUCUCCUCGCUCGGGCCCGACGACUUCGAGGCCCUCGUCGGCACCCUGCAGCAGCUGAAGAGGCUGACGCCCCAGCAGCUCAUCCACGCCGCGACCCACUACCGGCCCGAGGUAGGCGAGAAGGGCCUGCCGAAGAGCGCGACCGAGUACCUCGUGGCGGUGCAGAAGGAGACGGCGCUGAAGCGGGAGCAGCGCAUGAGCCGGGCCGUGUCGCCGCCGGCGCGGACCGACGCCGACGGCGAGCCGGCGACGCCGACCAAGGCUGGAGCGUCCAACGGUAAGGCGCAGCAGGAGACGCCGGGCAGCGCCGCGAAGCCGGGCCACGACGGAUCCGACCACGAGGGCGAGGACGACGCGCCCGAGCACCUGCUCCUCGACCCGUCCCUGAUGCUUCCCUUUACGCUGCCGUCCGUCACCGACAUGCUCGUCUCGUACGGCGCCGGCUUCGGCGGCGUGAACCGGGAGCGGGAGCGAAAGUACAUCCCGACGGUGCCGCCCGAGUUCUUGGAGAAGCUCGAGGUCAGCGGCGUCCGCAAGGAGCCGAUGUUUGAGGAGAAGGAUUGGGAGAACGAGGAGCUGUGA